UGAUGUCACAAAGGCUGGCCACAGGCGGGAACAUUCUAGAUAUCCAGUCUAGAGACGGCUGUCCCCCCUGUGGCUACAGCAGAGGAGGGGGUGACCAAAGCUGAUAAAAAGACGCUGGAGACAGAAGUGGGCACUGCCAUCCCGACGACAGAGAAGGUCCCAGGAGACCAGAUGCUUCCCAGACAGUAAGAAGAGAGGCCAAGGGUACUGUGGACACCAUGUCCUCGAACAAGCCGGGUCCAAAGGAGAGAGAUCACCGAGCAGAAACUAAAGCCAGAGGCCCCAGCUACUGGACGUCAAGGCGCGACGGCGAGGUGCACCUGCGGCAGGAGGACGCCUUCGCCAGCCAGGCGCCCGUCACCGUGCACGACAUGGUCAUGAACACGGCCAUCAAGUACGCCAACUACAUCGCGCUCGGCUCCAAGCACAGGACCGGCUGGCACCUGCUCACCUACAUCGAGUACUACGAGGAAUGCCGGCGCGCCGCCAAGGCCUUCCUCAAGCUGGGCCUGGAACGCUUCCACAGCGUGGGGAUCAUGGGGUUAAACUCCGAGGAGUGGGUCAUCGCGAGCAUUGGUGCUAUCAUGGCUGGAGGCUUCUCCGUUGGCAUCUUGUCCACCAACUCUCCAAAAACCUGCCAGGUCAUCGCCGAAAGCUCGGAGAUGGACAUCUUUGUGGUGGAUAAUGACAGACAGCUGCAGAAAAUCAUCCAGAUCCAGGGCUACUUGAAGCACCUCAAGGCCAUCGUCCAGUACAAGGAGGAGAUCCGGACCCGGCUGCAGAACCUGUAUUCUUGGAGAGGCUUCCUGGACCUGGCAGACGGCGUCUCGGAAGACACGCUAAACCAGGUCAUCGACUCCCAAAAGCCCAACCAGUGCUGUGCCCUGCUCUACAGCAUGUCGAUCGCCGGCCCCCCAAAGCCCGUGAUGCUCAGCCACGACAACAUCACGUGGACCACGGAGACCGCUGCGCAGACCCUGUCUUGUAAGUGCCCCCCGGAGGAACAGGAGGUCCUGGUGAGCUACCUCCCGCUCAGCUACCUGACGGCCCAGCUCUUCGACGUGUGGGUCUCCAUCUCUGUCGCCGGAGCCCUCUACUUUGCCCAGCCGGAUGCUCUGAGGGUUCCCAGGGAGAGAACACGUACCUGCAGGUUCCCCGCGGCCCAAACCGGAAAACUUUACGGACGACGAAAGUUUCGGUGUCGUGCCUUCACGCGUCACAAAAACAGUUGCCCUCCCGGAACUCUUGAGAGGCCUUUUCAUGACGUCAAGGCCAUCUCGGCUCUGGGGCUGGCCUCUGCCACCCCUGUCCUGGCCGGUAGAAAGGCUGGCUCGGGCGGGCGCGGUGGGACUUGCCUCGCUUGGUACAGAUUUCACUCGCCAGCCUUCAGGGUCCAUGUUUCGGUGGUGGUCUCGCUGCGGGAACCUUUCCCGGUUACCAGGAAGGAGGGCUCCCUGAUAGACACGCUGCGGGAGGUCAAGCCCACCAUGUUCUACGGCGUCCCGUGGGUCUGGGACAGAUUGCUGGACAGCCUGAAGACCAGCCAGCUGGCCUCCACCCCCUUCCGGAGGAGGCUCGACAAGUGGGCCAUGUGUCUGGGGCUCAGGACCAACAAAAGGCGGAUGUUGGGGCAGACCCGCCCCCCCCUGUGCUUCAGCCUGGCCAAGAGGCUGACCUUCAGCCAAGCACGGAGGUUCCUGGGCCUGCAGCGUUGUCGCCAGUACUUCAACCUGGGCACGGGGCUCUCCGGAGCCACCACGGAGUACUUCCUCAGCCUCAACAUGCCCAUCUGUGAGCUCUACGGCCUGUCCGAGAGCACGGGCGUCCACACGCUGUCCAGGCAGGAGGGCUUCCGGCUGCUGAGGCUUCCCGGAGGACUCGUGCCGAGUUGAAAGAAGAACGGGACAGAACAGGCGACCGGGGCGAGAGUCAUGGCCCUUCUGGUGCGCCCGCUUUCUCUCCUGUCCUGGAUCUUCCUCACCUGGGGCUCACCUCUCCAACGGGGACCGUUUUCAAAGAUAAAACCAGACGCUACUUAAAGCGACAGGGGCCGCGAGGAGGGUCCAGUACGAUCCGACCUCCGCUUCCAUUUGGGCCGAGGGGACCGGACAUCUUAGAGUCUGUGGGGUAGGGGAGGCUGGUGGGGGCUUGAGUGGUCUGGGAAAUGGCAGUCACACACACACACACACAAAAAGCAGGAAGGGAGGGGGUUCAGUAACUCAUCCGGGUGUCCGCAGACCGGUGCCGCUCUAGAGAGAAAUAAACUCCUCGCGCGUUUCUGGAAGGAGGCGAUGGUGUAGGUCAGUGCCAGCCGCCCCUCCGCGGUGGGGCCCGUUCCCUCCCACAAGAGCUGGAGGAGACAGCCAGAGUUGAUCUCCCGAAUGUUUGCAUUUCAAAGGGAGGAGACCGUUCUGGGGAGUAGAUUUGCAUCUCAAAGGGCGGAGAAAGGACUUAUCCGCGAGCUCUUUAAAGGAGCUAGUCUACGGGGAAGGGGGGGGGGGGGUUAAGCGGCCAUCUGGGAAAUCCUCCUGGCAGCUUGGGGUUUUCUCGGGCAGGAAUGCGGGGGGCGGGGGGAUGGAGUCAUCCUGGGGAUGGGGCCCGCGCUUUCAGAAACGCGAAUAUGUUCUCAGGUCUUUCUGUGUGGGAGUGGAUGCAAUCGUUCGAGCACAGAGCCUGCGGCUCUUAGACGUCAAGGCUAGGACCCAGCGAGAAGAGGGCUCAGAGGAGCCCGACCAGAGUUUGGUCAGGGAGAGACUCACUAUCCUUAGUGCGCCUUGGCUUUGGGGGAGGUGGGAUCAACUUUCAGCAGGGACAGGACAAAGAGCCAAUCACAAAGCGCUUAUUCACCUCGACCCCCGAACCCAGAGAGGCAGGGCAGAAAGGGGGUCAGGCAGGGAGGCUGAAGGAAGGAGAGGUUACUCGGCCGCUGGGAGGUGGUUUUGGGAGUUUCUGGUCCGGGCCCCAGCGGUGCUUCCUAGGUGGCUGCUUGGCCUGUGUCACACCCCUAGGGUUACAGCGGGGACAACCAGGUGUCACAGAAUCCCUCCCACGCGGGGUGUGGGGCUUGCAAUCUAGGCAGCCAGAGACAGCCCUUGGUCCUUCCAGAUCACUCCACACAAGCCGUAAAGCGGCCCACG